CUACUACUUGCUUGUUUACUCCCAUGGAAAACCAUUGAAGAAACAAAUUGACACCUUUUCUCUCUUUAUCUCUCCCUCUCCCCACGAUUCCUUCUCUUUUACUUUCUUUUCUUAAUUCCUCAUUCCUCAUCUUACCACUAAAGAAAUCCGGAAAUUAUUAGGAGCCAGAGCAAAAAAGUGAUCCUUUUGCCUUGUAGGUUAUACUAUUUGAUAUUUUUUUAUUCCUUUUUUUCAGCCGUUAAUUUCUGACCCAAAAAUUUUGGUUAAUUAUGGGAAAGAGAAAACGAUCAGGGACUUCUUUCUAUCCUUCUCCUUCAGGUUUUCUCUUAUUUCUCCUAUUUCUUUUCUUUUUUUUGAAUUUUUUUUCUCAAUUAUGUCAUUUUGGGGGUUUUCCUACAAUCAUCUGCUGAUUUAUUGAUUUUAAUUGUGGGUUUUAAUUGAAAUGUGAAAAUGUGUGAAAUCACGGAUCACCUUGUCUUAAAGUAUAGAGUAAUAAUCCUGGGUUUUUGUUAGAAUUUUGGUUUAUGUUGUUAAUUUGUUGUUUAAGCGAGAAUAAAUGGAUAUCUGAGUGUGAUUAUGUAUGUUUUUAUGUAAAGUUUAAUACUUUGAUCGGUACUUUCUAGUUUUUACAUGGCUUUAAUGUCUUGUGAUUUGUUUGAUCAAAGUUUGAUCGUUUAUUUAAUUGAUUGAUUAGAUUUUAGUUCUGUUUGAUGAUGAGCUUUUAAGCUUCUUAAAGGGUUGAUUGAUUUGAAACUAGAUCCGUUUUUAUGUUAGGUUUGAUUGGGUGGAGCUAAAUAUGUAUAACUGUUGAGAAUAUGAUUUUUUAAUUAAUUUUAUUUUUUUGAACAUAGUUGAGGUUUUGUCAUCUAUGGCCAUGAUUUAAGGUAAUUGGUAGUGUUGAAGCUCAGGGCAUAUACCCAUGUUGUGCAUUUGUGUUCUAGUCUAAAUUUAAGCUAUACUUUGCGGGAUUUUCAUUUCAAGUCAAGACUUGUGUAAGCGAUGGAACUAUGAAGGUUGGAUUUGAGGAUACUGUCCUUGUUGGAUUUCUUGAUGCGUUUUGAGCUGGACAUUGGUGUCCUUUCGAAGAUUGAGAUUCACUUUGUUAGUUUUAUAGGAAUAUUGAACCCGUAUGUUUGUGGUUUUGGUUAGGGACAUGCUGAAGUAGACAAAAAUUUACUACUACUGUUGUUGGCCAUUGGUGCCAACUUCCCUGGUAGCUUCAACUACAUUUUCUCAGACUACCAUGAUUGUCAAACAAGAUUAUGAGAUGCUUGUGUUGGAAUGAAUCUCUUGACACAUGCUUGUUUUGGCAUUGAUGAGUUUGUAGAAAAUGAAGAGUAUGCUAAAUACUGUGGAACUUGGUUGAGAUUUUAAUUUAAAUACACGUGAUUGAGGUACACGGUGCCCUGAAGUUACAUGUUGGAUCGUCAAGAUUGUCCUGUCAAGGGAAUGGGCCGCUUGACUGUCAUGUCUGUGUUGCCUUAGUUAAGUGGCUGAAGUGGACCUCUGAACACAUUCUUGUGUUGGACAUUGAUGUUGACCACUUAUAUUAUGUCCAAUGUAUGAGCCGAAGGACUUUCAUGUCAACAUGGACAAACUUCGACGAAAUUGGCCGAAUCGGACCUCAAAGACAGUCUUUUGUUGCACAUUUGACGGUUGACCGAUUGAUUUCUUGUCAAGAAAAUCAGCAGGACUUUCAUGUCAAUGUGGCCAAAUUAAGUAAAAUGGUCGAUUUAUACUUGUGUUAAACAUUUUUUAUGUCGGCCACUGCCCAUUUUUGUUGACCAAUUCUCGCUCUUGUCAUGGACAUGAUCUGCAGGAAUUUCACAUCUAUGUGGCUAAAAGCGAGAAAAUAGCGGAAUGGGACCUCCGAGCACAUUCUUGUGCUAGGCAUUGGCUCAAAGCUUGAGAAAAAUGUUGAUGUAGGAUUUGUAGGUGCAUAUCUGUGUAGGGUGGCGAUGUUUAAUGAAUUUUUAAGAUUUUGAAUUGUGGGCAUGGGAUGCAGGAUACCAUCUUCAGUUAGGUGAAAAUUUCAACAGUUUGACUUCUAGACUGUCUUAUUGUUGGACAUUCUUUCCUAUUCAGUUAGUCUAUAUAGGAGCUACAUUUGUUCGAUUGUCAUGUACAUUGAUUAAAGACAUGACAUGUAAGACUCUACACCAUGUAAACUAGUCCAAAUCAGGAUACCAUCAUCUGAUUAUCAGGAGUUUUGUAUCCUUUUGGAGUAAUUUAAAAUCGCUAGUAUGUUUUAGGUGUCAUGUUCUUUGCUUUGCGGUUGGAUCUGGAUAGAAACACCAACAAUUUCUAUUUUUCUGUUUUAGUUUUCUCUACACUAAUAGAGAUACAUUAUAUUGUUCUGUUGAAUAAUUUUGGAGAUUUUUUGAAGGUAUGCAGAAUUCUAAUGGUUUAUCUUUUUUAUUCAAUUUUGUACUAUAAUAUUUCAGAUUCUAGGCCAUGUUCCUCAGGAAGGGAUCUGACACCUGGCGAGUCCAGCUCUUCUGCUCCAGACAACCGUAAUAUAUUCAAGUCUAAUCCUUCUGUUAAGGAAACUAUGGAUACUCGUGGUAAGCAACCAAUUUCUCAACUUUCACUUGGUCAACAUCAACACAAUCUGAGUCGCUCAGUGUUCUGGAAACGCUCCCGUCACCACUAUGGAAAUCAGUAUUCUCGGCGAAAUUCACCCAACUACCAUAAGCCCUCUACUUCUUAUGCCAAGAUUACUCCUUUCCCUGAUGAGCGGUCAUGUUUUACGUUGGGUAGUAAAUACAACUCUGAUGUUGGACAUCGUCCAGAUUUUGCGGAGUUUAGAGAAAGUGCCUUUUGGCGUCCAGAAAGAAUCAGGUCCAGCACCUCGGUUAUUCAUGCGAUUUCUCCUUACGCAGUGAGGAUGACGUGCGGAGUAUGUCAGAAAUUAUUAAAGCGUAAACCUCAUAAUUUCGGUAGCACUCUUGCCUCGGAAGAGCUUUCAAUUGCUGCAGUUUUGGUUUGUGGGCAUAUAUUUCAUGCUGAUUGCUUAGAACAAAGAACACAGGUCGAGGAUAAAAGAGACCCUCCUUGUCCGAUAUGCUCAGGAUUUGACCCGCAGAUUGAAUUAAUUGACCUUGAGCGAGAUUCAUAGGUUCGUUAACAAAUAAAUUACAUGUAUAGAUAGAUUUAGAGCAAUGAACUAGCUAGCUGAUGGUUCGAGUAAUCGCAUAAGUGGCUGAUUCCUGACCCUCGAUAGUUCUAGGUGGAGGUGCUAUGGUACAACUGGAUCAUGCUAGUUUAUAGUAUCUUUUGUUUACCUUUGUUGUAUUGUAAAAAUCUAAUCCUAAACUUGCUUGCUGAAUGAUGCUUCAUCAGUUGUAUACUCUUGUUCAA